CGUCAAAGCACACAAUCAUUGAAAAUUUCCUCGUCGUUGGGCUUCGGCUUCUCCCAGCGACUCAACCCUCACCCUCGACAUCGUCCGAAAUGACGUGCAUGGCGAACCGUCGAGAUCCGAUCUAUCGGGUCCCACAAGAUUGACGAGCCCGUCCCGCACCAGUCGGUGGUGAGGGUGAACGAAUUGGGCCAACAAGACAGCCAAAAGUGAAUCCCUCACUGUUACAGAGUCGAGAGAAUUGUGGCAGGCGUGGCCUUGGUUUGCACACCUCACCACUGUAGCGAGAUGACUAAUGUUGCUCACCCGCCUUCACUGCUUGACCGUUUGCAAUGGUCACUGAGCUGUCCCAGCUUGAACGCCCAGCGCCCCGCUGAUAAAGAUGGCUGUGCAUAAAUUGUUGGCGCCUUUGACGGCGGGGCCGGGCAAGGCUUCCCCGCUGCCAGCCUCGACAAAGACGGCCCAAGCCAACGUCGAGACAGCCUGCUCCUUUGUCCGCUGUUGACCGCAGGGACCCCUGUACACGCCUAUAAACUCGGAUCGACAGUUGUAGGUAUCUCGAAUCUCGCCCAGCCUUCGGGCACACCACACUUGUCUGCACAAUACCCAGGGGCAGCUACAGCUACCCUUUUCACACAACAUCCCUACUCACCACACAACCACCACCACAAUGUCCACCACACCAAAGCACCGCGUCAUCAUCGACACGGACCCGGGCGUCGACGACGUCCUGGCCCUCCUGCUGGCCCUGAGCGCAUCGCCCGAGGACCUCGAGGUGGCGCUCAUCUCGGUCACGUACGGCAACGUGCCGCUGCACGGCUGCCUCCGCAACGCCGUCGCGCUCUUCCACGUGCUCGAGAAGGAGCUGGAGUGGCGCCGCGAGACGGGCCGGCCCGAGGGCUUCGGCGCCCUGCGCGCCUUCAGGCCCAUAGUCGCCGUCGGCGCCGAGCACCCGCUGCAGGAGGAGGCGCUCGCCGCCGACCACUUCCACGGCGUCGACGGCCUGCACGGCGUGCACGACACGCACCCGGACCUGUCGCCCGCCGACACGUGGCGCUCUCUGUUCCCCGGUGCCGCCGGUGCUGCUGCUGACGUCUCUGCUGCUGCCGAUGCUGAUGCUGAUGCCGAUGCGGAACCCCCGUCCUUCAGCUCCUUCUUCACCCCGAGCAGGACCCCGGCGCACCUCGAGAUGCUCCGCAUCCUGCGCGAGUCGCCCGCCGGCACCGUCACCAUCGUCGCCGUCGGGCCGCUCACAAACGUGGCGCUCGCGGCGGCCGAAGACCCAGAGACGCUCAUGCGCGCGCGCGAGGUGGUGGUGAUGGGCGGCGCGGUACACGUCCCGGGCAACAUCACGCCCGUGGCCGAGUUCAACACCUUUGCCGACCCCGUCGCCGCCGCCCGCGUCUUUGCCCUGACCUCGGCCAGCCCGGCCUCCACCAUGCCUCCUCCGCCACCAGCCAACACCCUCCCGGCCGGCACCGAACCUUUAGCUGCCUACCCGGCGGGCCUGACGGGCCGCCUGCGCCUGACGCUGUUCCCGCUCGACAUCACGACGCCGCACCUGCUCACAAGGACCUACUUCAAAGCCCGCAUGGCGCCGCUGCUGGCGUCGGGCAGCCCGCUGGCGCGCUGGGUCGAGACGGUCAUGUCGCGCACCUUUGUCAAGAUCGACGGCAUCCUGCGCGACGGCUCCGACCCGGGCCUGUCGCUGCACGACCCGCUGACCGUCUGGUACAUGAUGACGCGCGACGAUCCCGCCUGGGCCCCGGCCGUGCCCGGCAGCGCUGAAGGGGAGGACAUCCGCAUCGAGACGGGCGGCCAGUGGACCCGCGGCAUGCACGUGGCCGACGGCCGCGGCUGGAGCAACAACAAGACGGUGGACGCCACCGCCACCGAGGGCGGCGGCGGCGGCGGCACAGAGGUCGUCACCGACGACCCGGCCGACCCGCUCGAGGCGGUCCAGCUCGACGAGGUGCCCGGCCACGUCCGCGACUGGGCCGGCGCCAAGACCCCGAACCGCAUCAACAGGAUCGUCGGCUCGCCGGGCGAGAGCCUGUUUGCCGAGUUUCUCAUGAAGCAGCUGUUCUGGUAGAUGGCGGCACACACAGUCUUUUAUCCCUUGUUGCUGGAUUUCUCAUGGAGCGGCUGUUUUGGUUGUAGAUAGUGGCGACGCGGCUCUUGGUUGCUUGUUUUGUCUCUUGCUAAAUCACUCAUAGGGCAGGUGUUCUGGUGGACUACGACGCAAUUAUUCUUUUACCAAUCGGGGGGCUUUUUUCUUCUUUUUUUUCACCAGCCUCCCUUCUCAAGUACUUGCUUGCUUUAUCCAUCUUCUCCUUUGUCUCUUCUUCCACUCGGGGGUAUCUCGGUAAAUACUAUAGAAACGAGUUCAUAAAUGACAUGACCGCCCUGCCC